AUCAACCAGUCCAUAUGCGAGAUCCACGAGGAGCUCUAACUUGACCGGGAUACCUGCGCUUAAUAAUAAUCAAGAACUUGCGUUACUACUAGUACCUUCAGAAUCAGGUGAUCAGUAUCCAUGAUGUCUCGAGUAGAACUGGCAGCUGGUUGGAUGUUCGGAAUGCUUACUAUACUUGCCACCAUGUGGCAUGGUCACAUCCGACUGCAACCGGCAGAACAUCGCAAAAUCUAUAGAAUACACUUACGCUGGUGACGAUUACCCAUGGGAAUUUCCCGUCGAUCUCACCCAUGAAGCCGUCGCGAUGACUCUUCACGAGAGUGUGCAUUUCGCUCUAAACGCAUCUGAUACAGAAUCUCAACUGGAGUGGGAAAGCCUUCCAAGUUGGCCGAAAAUAGUUGGUCGCACCCAUCUAGGACCAGAGCAGCGACUUUUCGUGCUGGUCUUCGGUCAUCAGCUUCACUGUUUAUGGAUACUGCAGGAAGCCCUCCUCGACUACAGCCGUGACGAACCCCUGACCAAUGAUCAUCACGCACAUCACUGUCUCAAUUAUCUUCGGCAGACUCUUAUGUGUGAUGCUGCACAUACGCUGGAAAUGGGAGACUUUCUGGAUGUCGAUUACGAGAAGGACAGAGUGGGGGACACAUUAGUGUGCAGGGACUGGAGCAAGGCCAUUUCUGUAUCUGAAGAGUACCACGAGAGGUGGCUGCAGUGGAGGACGCAUUGGGACUGAAUCGACACACUACUUCCGGUACGCUUCAACCUGUUCGCUGAAUGUAUCUGCAGAACUAUGUAUUAUCUUACUGAGUGGUUCAAUAGCUGUACUAGGUUUCAGAUGUGUAUCCGAGCUUGUUCAAUCCAACAAAAUCGUUCAGUCUCUACUAGUAGCACUGCCUUAUAUUACGGAGUUGCACGACCAGA